GCAAAGCUUAGCUUUGCUUGUAUAUAUAUACCCAGGGUUAGGCACAAAUUAAUGGAAUUACUAGCAUAUAUACAUGUGUACUGAUGUGCAUGUGUACUAGCUUCAUCCAUCGUAUCGAUCGUCGCAUUGCUAAUUAAGCUUCUAGUAGUUCUAGAUUGAAGGAAGCUAAUAUGGGAGCGAGAGGAAGAAGAGAUCGAAUGGGCAGCGCCGGCGGCGGCGGGGGGUCGCCGCCGGUCGUCGUCCGGCGGUACAACCGGAGCGAGGCGCCGCGGAUGCGGUGGCCGGAGGAGCUGCACCGCCGCUUCGUCCACGCCGUCCGCCGCCUCGGCGGAUGCCACGAGGCAACACCGAAGCGAAUUAUGCAGCUGAUGGGCGCUAAGGGAGUCAGUAUAUCGCACGUUAAAAGCCAUCUUCAGAUGUACAGGAACUCCAACAACAGUAGCAAUGUUAACCGUCGUCAUCCUGUCACCCCACAAAUCGAUUGGACGACGACGGCGCAGCAGGAUGAACAGCAGAGACGACAGAUGAGCAGCUUCAGCUUCCUUGCAACAAGAACGGUGCCAGCAGCUGGAAUUGGGAGCCAUAGCCACCAGAGACCUCACCGGCGGCAAGCGCUGCACGCCGGAGACGACGACGGCUGCGAGCUGACGCUGUCGAUCAGCGGCGGCGCCGCUGAAGAAUCGAAAGACGGUGGCUCGAGCAUCACCGACGACGACGACGAGCUUCUGAUCCAGCCACCGGCGCCUAACAUCAUCAACGACGACGGAUCAACGCGGCAUGGUCAUCGUCAUCCUUUUGCUUGUUCCACACAGCCGCUGCCGCCGGCGGCCAUUAACCUUGAACUUACGAUUUCUUCUCCUUGCUGCUGGCUCACCUAGAAAAUAUACAUGUACUCCUAGAAGCUAGCUAGUUGUAAUAUUUUGCUCUUACUGCAAUUAAUUCUUGCAUACAUAUGUGUGCAAUUAACAUAUAGUAUAUAUAUUCCAUGGUUGUACGGGAUUACUUGUACCUAGUUUUAGGACUUUUGGCAGUAGUUUGUAUACUAGAUUAAUGGAUUAGUUUUGAUGCUUCUAAA